GGUUCUCUUUAUUAAUUAGAAGUUGAUUAGUUAUCAUGAUACCAGUCCCUUUUCACAUUUUGAGAGGAAACCCGAUAUAUCAAAAAACAAAUCUCUUUUUCAAAGUAAAUUUGGAAUUUUGCUCCUUUUAAAGAAACAAUAUAAGUUAUUUCACGUGGAUUGAGUUUUCUAACAAACUGUGGGCUCUGCUGUUUGUUGUGCGGUCAACUGGUGAUUGUUGAACCAGGAAUAUGCCUUCGACAUGGGAUCCAAACCUCCAUCUGACCAGUCUCCAGGGGUGGGCCCCCAGUUGCGAUCGCACGGCCCGGUGGUUCAGCAGUGCUCGGUUUGCAGGCAUUCCCUCGAAGCAUGUCUAUGUGCCACUCCAUCCACGUCCGCAGGCCUACCUGCGCGACGCACGAGACCAAGAAAGCGACCGCCGCAGUCAGAGCGGGAGGAGGCUCCCCCCACGGCGCGCAGACAGCUGUUCUCAGAGAGUAGAGCACGCCACUCCUGCCCUCACUGCCCCAAGAGCUUCGGCAGUCCCGGCAAGCUGAGUCAACACCUUUACUCUCACACAGGAGAACGACCGUUUGUGUGUCAGCAUUGCAGCAAGGCCUUCUCAUCUCGCUUCAAACUGGUCCGCCACGCUCUCAUACACUCGGACACUCGACAGUAUCGGUGUAAUACCUGCGGACGGACUUUUCACCGAAAAGAUCACUUGAAAAAUCAUUCUAAGGUUCACAGUCCUCUGAAACAGCGGUUCAAAUGCGAUCGAGAAGGUUGUGGAAAAGAGUACAGUUCUCCGAUUAGUUUUCGAAAGCACGUAGCCGUCCAUGCGGCGGAAGACGGUAAUCUCGAGUGUACGAUUUGUAAUAAAGUAUGUGCGACAAAAGAAGAAAUAGUUUUGCAUUUAAAAAUCCACGCCGGUUCUCGGACCGUUAAAACACAAGCGGAUCGAAAAUACAGAUGUGAGUAUUGCGAGAGAAGCUUCUUCACCGGAAAGGAUGUGAGGCGCCAUCUGGUCGUUCAUACCGGUAGGAGGGAUUUUUUAUGCCAGUUUUGUCCUCAACGUUUCGGAAGAAAAGACCAUCUCGUCAGACAUAUAAAAAAGAGCCACAACCAUGGAGGGAAGAAAGGAAAGAAAAAGGCAGAUCAGAAAACAAAGUCCGUCACCGCUAUAUUGGAAGAAGCUUCUACUAGCAGACUAGAAGACGAGGAACUCCCACUGCUAGACGUUAAAAGUGAAAGUAGAUCUUCUCUCGGAAUGUUCGACGACGAGGAAGAUGACGAAACAAAUUUACCUGCCAGUAGUGAAAUAUUUAAAGCGGACUCUGAAACGUUGAGACAGAUCGGUCAACCAGAAGAAUUACUGUCGGAAACAAGCGGAAGCAUGAUGUCCGAUACAAUUUACCAAAGCCCACCUCCCCCAUACCCUCAUCACAUGUCCAGCCUCGAUCCAGGUAUGAGUUAUGAAGAGAUUCCGAGGGGCUCGUCGUCAGAAGUGAUUGAUAUUAAAGCCGAGGAGUUUAUCACUCUUCUGCCUCAUCAGUUCCCUCCCAACCUCCUGCUGACCACUGCGGACGAGUCAGACCCCCUCCCCUUGUCAAUCAUGUCUGGCAGUCACUUCAUGGAGGUGGAGGAAGAACAGUCGUUGAGCAGACAGAUCCUGCAGAUGUCUGGUCCUAGUCAGGGCUCCUCCUCUGAUGCUGACUUGGUCAUACCAGGCUUCUUGUCUCCCGGAGAUACUCCUAGUAGCUCUACUCCGCUGCCGGGCUUCAACCAAGCUUUCCAACAAAAUCCAUAACAUUUACAUUGGUUUGAUACUUAUACCUAUGACUAUGAUACAACUAGACAUCCCAUUCCCGGUUAAGUUACUGUCAGCAUUAGAAUGAAUAUGGACUUAACUUAAUUAAGCCAUCAACAAAGAAGGAGUCAAACUGAUUGAAUCACUUAUUGUAACCCAUAGUAUAUUUUGCGUAAUUUCAACUGUCUCAGUAACAAAACUAAGGGAUAAAAUCAAGUUUUAGACUGUAGCGCACUGCAUGACUGCAUGAGUGGCUUAUCCAACCAAGUUCUUUAUGAAUAAAAUUUGGCCACAGCUGGUUCAUAUAGAUGGGAUGUCUAAUUCAGUAUCUUAAGUCAACACCUAACUACUUUUCAGUUGAGGCUGUAUUCGAUGAAUUAUUUUCUAACUCUUGAGUUCUUCAUAAAUUCUGUUUGUGUACGUUAGGACAUUUUUUCUAAGCCCUCAUGAGUUGGGCCUAGACAAUAAAAUCAGUACACACUUCUUCUUUUCAGUCUUCAACUACAAACUAGACGACUUGUUAUUUUAUGAGUUUUAAAAUCUCAACCCGGUCCAAUAUUUUAGCUGUGAUAAGUGAUUAAACCACCCCAUGAAAAUACUACCUCCAUUUCUACAAAUUUACAAGUGACAAUUUUAUAUCAAUAACCUGCCAACCUGAGAUCUUAUACCACAUAAACUAUGAAACAUUAAGGGUGUGCCUUACAAUAUAUUCCCACAUAGGCCUACUAGAGAAUUUUAAAGCGCUGGAAAUUGUUUAACUAAGGUGAUUUAUAUUACCUGUUGAAAUAAAAUUGACAUAUUACAUCACUUAAGAAUUCUACAUACAUAGCUACUUUCAAAAAUGAUUAGUGUGAACAAAUGUUGCAACCAGUUUUU